AUGCCCCGCGUGCCGCCGCGUCUGCGCGCUGGGGGACAAGCGGGGCGGCUGGGGCCUGUGCGCGUUGGGCACCGCUUGCUGCUGAACGGGAGCUGAGACCCCGGGGAGGACGGGAAGAUGAGCAGCUCCGAGGAAGUGUCCUGGAUUUCCUGGUUCUGUGGCCUGCGUGGAAAUGAAUUCUUCUGUGAGGUGGACGAGGAUUACAUCCAGGACAAGUUUAACCUGACGGGGCUGAAUGAGCAGGUCCCCCAUUAUCGCCAGGCGCUCGACAUGAUCCUCGACUUGGAGCCAGACGAGGAGCUGGAGGACAACCCCAACCAGAGCGACCUGAUUGAACAGGCAGCAGAGAUGCUGUAUGGGCUGAUCCACGCCCGGUACAUCCUCACCAACCGCGGCAUCGCCCAGAUGCUUGAGAAGUACCAGCAGGGAGACUUUGGCUACUGUCCUCGUGUCUAUUGUGAAAACCAGCCCAUGCUGCCCAUUGGCCUAUCUGACAUCCCCGGCGAGGCCAUGGUGAAACUCUACUGCCCCAAGUGCAUGGACGUCUACACCCCCAAGUCCUCCCGCCACCACCACACGGACGGCGCCUACUUCGGGACCGGCUUCCCCCACAUGCUCUUCAUGGUGCACCCCGAGUACAGGCCCAAGCGGCCAGCCAAUCAGUUCGUCCCCAGGCUCUACGGCUUUAAGAUCCACCCCAUGGCGUAUCAGCUGCAACUGCAAGCCGCCAGCAACUUCAAGAGCCCUGUCAAAACCAUCCGCUGAUCCUCCGCCUGGAUGCCUGGGUCCCCCUCUCCUAAGCCAGCCCCUUUCCCUCCAUUUCCCCCUGGGACAGGGCCACUUCGGUUUGAUUUUUUUUGGGGUCCCCUUGGACUGGUCUGAGUCCCCGCCUCCCUGCUUUCCUCUUAUCGAGUCUGAUUUUAGUUGCCUUUAAAUUAAUAUUUCGUUCUCAGAAAAACACACAUAAAACUCAGAAAAAGUUCAGAA